AUGAACUGCCUGACGGUGCCCGGCGUCCAUCCCGGCUCGCCCAGCCGCCCCCGUGGGCAGAUACAGGUGAUCUUCGGCCCCAUGUUCUCUGGGAAGAGCACGGAGCUCAUGCGGCGGGUGCGGCGCUUCCAGCUCGCUCAGUACCAGUGCUUGCUGGUGAAGUAUGCCAAGGACAUACGGUAUGGCACCAUUGGUGUCUGCACACACGACAGGAGCACCAUGGAGGCCCUGCCUGCCUGUCUCCUCAAUGAUGUGUACCAGGAGGCACUGGGCUCUGCCGUCAUUGGCAUCGAUGAGGGCCAGUUUUUCCCAGACAUUGUGGAGUUCUGUGAGUUGAUGGCCAAUGCUGGGAAAACUGUCAUUGUUGCUGCUCUUGAUGGGACUUUCCAGAGAAAGGCUUUUGGAAACAUCCUGAAUCUGGUGCCACUGGCUGAGAGCGUGGUGAAGCUGAACGCUGUGUGCAUGGAGUGCUACCGAGAAGCCUCCUAUACAAAGAGGUUGGGAGCAGAGAGGGAGGUUGAAGUGAUUGGAGGAGCAGACAAGUACCAUUCCGUGUGCCGAGCCUGCUACUUCCACAAGCGGCCUCAGCAGCCUGGGUCGGAAAACAAGGAGAAUGUGCCCCUGGGGGUGAAACAGGUGGACGUGACUGCCUCCCGGAAGAUCUUAGCCUCUUGA